AUGAAGGGACAUACACGUAAAACUUGCCCAAACUCUCAAACAACGAAUAUGCAAAUGAUGAAUGAUGAAAACAAUAGUGCUCAAAAUAGCACUCCAACAGACUCUCAACAGAUGAAUGUAGUAACUAAUUUAAAUUCCCCUGACACAUUGCACGACAAAGACGAUGACAUAACUGAUAUAAUUAACACCCAAGCACCAGAUACUGAGAUAAACAAUCAUGAGACCGAUGGUACAACAGAUAACAUUGAAAUUGAAACUGAAAUGAAUACAGAUUCAUCCAAAUAUAUGAGUAAAAAGCGCACGCGCUCUAGAUCACCAGUUCAUAGAGAAGAACAAAACAAUGACCAGUUAAAUGACGAAAAUAAAUGUGAACCAAGUUCUAAAAAGCGUAACGAUGAAAAUGCAAUCGAAAUUGUUGAAAAAAAUUGUCCGAUUGAUGAAGAGAGAGUACGAACCCCUCCUUCCCCUUCCAUUGCACCACCAUCGCCUCCCCCACCCCCUCCACCCCACAAACCCUUUCCCCACGUAUAUGCCAAUGUAACAGUGUGCACUCCAAAGCCACAGCCCGAGCUUACGGAGUCGGCCCCAUUUCCAUCAUCUCCCUCACUUGAGUUCACAGUUGAAUCCCCGCGCGAUUCGCCGCUAUCCGAACUCCCCCAUUGA